AUGGCUGAAACCCUGUACUAUAAGUCGCCUUCACGCACGGCAAACGGGAUGGCGGACGUCGAAAUGAGCGACGCACCCAAAGGUGCAGAUGCCGCCAACGGCAAGAGCGUUGAAAAGAAGAAGUUUGAGGUCAAAAAGUGGAACGCUGUCGCGCUCUGGGCUUGGGACAUUGUCGUUGAUAACUGUGCCAUUUGCCGAAACCACAUCAUGGACCUUUGCAUCGAAUGCCAAGCAAACCAAGCAUCCGCUACAAGCGAAGAAUGCACCGUCGCCUGGGGUAUUUGCAACCAUGCUUUCCAUUUCCACUGCAUUUCAAGAUGGCUCAAGGCCAGAUCAGUAUGUCCGUUGGACAAUAGAGACUGGGAAUUCCAAAAAUACGGUCGGUAA